AUGCUUGGUGCAAAGACGGUCCUGCUGCUUGCAAUGGUCCUCACUGUCUCCCUACGCUGUGGUGCAGCCCCUAACCCGGUCGAGUGCUGCUUCAGUUACGUAGAGUCCGCGCUCCGGCUACACAACCUGAAGACUUUCUACAUCACUCCCAAGGAGUGUUUUUCUCUAGCAAUUGUGUUUGAGAACAAGAAUGGGACCAAGCUCUGUGCAAAACCAAAGCUGCCUUGGGUGCAGAGAGCAAUCAAGAGUCUUCAAAAAAGAAAAGAACUUCACACCCCGUGA